AUGGUCCUCCCCGAUCUGCCAUGCGCGGCUUCUCAGCUGCCCGUCUCUUCCGCUCGUCUGCCCGUCCUGCCGCCCGUGCUGUUGCCAGAAGAGGUUACGCCAGCGGCCACGGNNAUCCUCGGCUCUGCCGGUAUCACCAUUCCCGGCGCUUGGUACCUCUGGCCCGACUCAUCCAACGGCGAUGCUCACGGUCCUGGUGAUGCUCACGCCAAGCACGUCGAGGAGCACCCCGAGGUCGAGCAGCCCGAGGAGGAGUCUGAGGACCAGCCUCAAGAAGAGUCCAACGAUGAGUCCAAGUCUGAGGCUCACGACCCCAAGGAUGACGGCGAAGCCAAGGACGAGGGCGGUGCUCUGAAGGAUGGCCAGGGCGAGAAGACCCAGGAGCAGCCCCAGGCCAACAACGAGCCCGCUGCCGGCGAGUCCAAGAGCAAGCCCAACACCGAGGGCAAGAACAUGCCCGAGAGCAAGGGCAAUGUCGAGGGUGUCCAGUUCAAGGGCAAGACCAACCAGGGCGACUCGGACAACGAGAUGCCCGAUGAGCGUAAGCGUGAGCCUGACGGCAAGGGUGGCUUCAAGAAGCGCAUCGACUCUGGCUACGGCAAGAACCUCGGCGAGGGUCCCGAGCACAGAGAUGAUGGCUCUACCAGCGCUGCCACCUCCAAGACCACUUCCACCGGCGGUCAGGGCGAUAUUUCUACCAAGCAGGCUGGUCUCUCAACUACACCCACCAGGCACUCAACAAGAAUUGACCAAGACCCGAACAUGUCGAAGAAGGUUUGCUAUCUCCAUCGUCGUCUGUUUGAUCCUGUUUCUAACAAUUUUACAGNNGGCGAGGGUGCUCCUGAGACCGCAAAGUCGCAAGGAACCGUUUCCGUCAACCGUCCCACUCCCGAGCAGCAGAAGGACCAACCCAAGGGUGAGGAGAAGGAUGACCAGCCUACUGCCGACAAGAAGAAGGACGGCGAGUAG